AUGCACAAAAAACAACAAAAGUCACGGAAAUCCAAAUCAUGCCAAAAAAAUAAGGAAUCCGCAAACAGUUCUGGGAAUGAGCAGAGACUGAUGUGAGAGUCGGACCCCUGCAGGCGUGCUGACCUGCUUUAAUGGGCAACAAUGGAGAGACAGUGAGCACAAAAAAAGUGGGAAAAGUGGGAUUCGAGUGUGGACUCACGACCAUGGGAGUUUUAACAACAGAGGAGCAACUUAAGAGGUGGAAAUGUAUUAAUUCAAACAGCAUCAGCAAGGCUGCAGCGUGUGUGACAUGCAACAAAGAGACAUGAACAAUGGCAGAGAGAAACAAGAGGAGAGCACCAGUGUACCGCAGCGUCUCUUUUAAAAACUUGGGCUCCUGGGGCACCAAUAGAAGCGAGGAGCAACCGGACAAAUGUGACGAUUCGGAGGCAGCCUACGGCUCCCCUCCUUCGGAGCCGAGUCAUGUCCGAGCGCCAAGAAAAGUUUCCAAAAUCUCUGCCACCACAACCGCCGCGACCGCAGAGCCAAAGAAAGCCUCCUCCGCCCCUCUCUCCUCCAUUUCUCCCUCCAUCCGCCAGCUCACCGAGAGAUUCAGCAGCAGGAGAGGCUCCGAGAGGACCCACAGAGCCCGGCCGGGAGACGGAGCAGCGGUGCCGCGUGGGAACAGAACUCUUCCCCGUUCUUUGUCACAUUACCAGGAUGGCGGUGCGGGAUACAUUCCGGAGAAAUCUUUUCUAGAUAAAAUACAAAAGUUUCACUCCGGCACCGAUUCAGUGUCGGGUUCAGACUCUGAGAAAAAAAGUGAAAAGCGGACUUUUCCAACCGACAACUCCGGUAAGAGAGAUUCUUUUUGCUCCUCUAAUCACCCGAAGACUUCCAAGCUUAACAAUGACAUCGAUGUCACAAUUAGAGAACCUAAAUCUAAUAAAUCUACACAUUUCAAUGAAUUUACUCCAUUGAACCCUGAUAAAUGGCCAAGUGUGACGAAAAUAAGACAGCUGUUUGAUGAGAGACAAGUGAACGCCACACAGCAGCUCAAGAUCAAUGACAAUUUAAAAGAUUCUGAUAAAAAUGAUCCAGAUAACGAACAGCUCCUGGAUAAAAGCAACAAACUCUCACCUUUCUCCUCAAAUAAUGAAGACACAACUUUAUCUUGGCCUGAGGCGAGCUUAGUUGAAGGGCACAUCAUAAAGGGCACACUGUGUGAAACUAUGGACUUCCAUUCCAGAAUCUACCAGCAACCGUACUUGCUCCUUGACGAGGAGGCGAGCUUCAGUAACGAUAAAGUCAGAAACAACGUUCACCGCAGCCGCGGUAGCAUUGGUAGUUGUUCUCAGGGUAGCCAAAAAAGUAACUCAUCUCCAUUCAGCUCAGAGGCGGAGGCUGCUUCUAAGACCCCCUCAUUGAUAGAGUUGACACCUGACCCCCACCCUGACCUUCAGACCUCUGCUACUACUUCCCGGAGCAGUUCCUCGAGCCGGGACGCCUCCUCCUGCGGCUCCUUUCUUCAGGAGCCCAUAGCGAGGGAGAGAAGGGUUAGACAGGGGGUCGGGCUGCCCAGGGAUAGUUUACAUUCCUCACAUAGCUCCUCUACAGCAGAGGCCUCCCCCUCCUUCUCCCCCUUGUGUGCUCCAGCUCCAGAUAAAGCCAUUACCUUCUCCUCUACUGUAACUCCCUCCUCAGCCCAUGUAAGAGUUGACCCUACACGCAGCUCCUGCUGGAGAUUUAGUUCCGGAGACGAAGAGGAGGGGCGCAGUCGUAAAAAAAGAGAUCUGAGUGGCCCAUCUCAUUCUUUGAUAGGUUAUUUAUCGCAUAGUAAAAAUGUCCAGUGGCGUACGAAGGGUAUUGGUCGCUCAUCAGGCAGCGAAGAGGAGAAUUCUUUAGGCCCGUCUGGUCGAGAGGCAAUACGGCGUCGCUCUCUGAGAAAAAAGAAGUGCUUCUGUGGCCAUGAUGACGAUGAUCAUGAUGGCGAAUCAGAAGACAGCGACAGCGACAGUCCCAUGACCAUGGAGCACUUGGAUCGGCACCGCCAGGCAACCGCAAGAGGAGAAUUCGUGCUGAGAUUAUCACGUAGCCACUCGGCAAGAGAAGCCGCCGUUCAUAGUAACCGAGCCAAGGUGCAGCAACAAUGGGAGCGCAUCAGCUCACCCGCGGCUUCCACGUCGCUUCCUGGUGUGUCACGAGUGUCAAAAGUCAACAUCCCCUCUUUUGCUUCCAGUCCGGGUGGUUCCCGAUGCAGCAGUCGGUAUUCCAGCACUGAGACCCUGAAGGAGGAAGACCAGGCUAGCUGCACCAACAGGUUCUUAAACACUGGUGGAGGCAACACGACUAGAAACGCGUCCUCGUCUGUUUUGAGUAAAACAUACUAUGGCAAUUUUACAAUGUACCGUUCCCCAAGCUUUGGACACGGGGAUAAUUUCCCCCGUACACAAGUGCGCAUGCGCCCGCAGAUCAUGCCAUCAGUCACUUCCUCUUCUGUGGCAAGACCAGCUCCAAGAGUCGAUGAGACCGUGACAUCACAGCAGACAACAGGAAGGGAUAAGAAUGGAAUAUCCAAGUCUAACCCCGAUAUCACAACAGAAACAAUGACUCUUUUAAACUUCCUCAAAUCGGACCUGUCGGAGCUUAAAGUGCGGAAAACAAACGAGGGAGAGAAAUGCGGAAUGGCCUCGCAGAGUCACGUCGGUACAUCUGGUCGCCGCUUGUCCUUAAAAGACUUGACGGCUACUUUACGCCGUGCGAAGUCCUUCACUUAUUCCGGCAAGCCCUCGACAGCCGUUCGCUGUUACCUGUCGGGCGGCACCACAAAGAGAAGCUCCUCUGAGCAACAGCUUGACUCGGACAGAGAGAAUAACGCCGGUAGGGUGUCUGUGUCGGAGAGGGAAGUAGAAAGUGAUGGAGGUGAUUUUAGGCUCGGAAGAGGACAAAAGAUAUUGGAUUAUGGGUACGAUGACGAUGAUGAGGAAGUGAUGCCUGCUCCAUUGCAGGAAAGAUACGUGCAGGAAGCCAGGCAGGUUAUCCAGGAUAUCUGCCAGAUGAACACCAAAGUUGAUGAAGAUGAUAUUAAUAUCAUUAAAACUGUGGAGGAGAAGACAAAAGGAGCAAGCAUGGAACGUGAGACAGAAACUGACUACGGAGCUGAUUUUAAGACCUCAAAGGAAAACGAUAAACACGAGCAGGAGAGAGAGAAUGAGGAGAGGGAAAAGAGCGAGAGGGAUGAACAAAGUAUGCAGCUGGAAAAGAUAAACAGUAGAGACACAGACUACCAGGAGAAGGUGAAGACACAGAACAGAGAGACCGCCAGGGCGCUACAGAAGGGCGACUCGGAGGAAAGCGUCUUCUGUGAUCGUUCUGUGGACGAACUUUCCGGCCACGAGUCGAGUUUAACAGAUGAAGGGAUUGUAACAGAGCCAGAGAUUGGCCCCAGUAACCCCUCUGAGAGGGUUUUCUUGGGGUCGGGAGGGGUUAAUUUGGGGUCAUGCAUUGCUAGGGAUGUACUCGGGCAGCCUGUUACCAUAUGGAAACAAUCUGCACUGCACAAGGAGGAAGGGCAUACGAAAGAAAGCGAGGAAAUGAUGGAGAACGACACCGGUUCUUCAAAUCAUCUGAAUGAAGUCUCCAUACCUCACUCGUCCUGUUUGGAAGAAAGCGACGAUGCCAUUAUUUCGGACUUGGAUGCUAUCAGAACUACCAAUGAGGCCACCGAUGCUGGUUCUAUAGGAGGACUCGAAGCACCUGCAACCCCUAGCGCCACCCGUCGAAGGCGCAAGUUCUCCCCUUCGGUCAACAUUAACACAUCCUCAGAGGUUAGUAAUGGUACCACAGACUCAAUGGCGGCUGAUGUAAAUGUGGAGUCCACUGUUUAUCGUUCACUUAGUGAUCCUAUGCCUCAUAGAAGCUCCUGUGUGGCAGAAGAAGACAUUUUCUCCUCAGUCGACAGCAACCUUUUAGGAUCUCUAUCUGUCAGAGUAGGUCCACCAGAGCCGCCGGUUAUGCCCACUUUAGCAGAAUGCAAAGGGAGCGUGGCAAGCGACUUAUCAGUGUACAGCGAUGGCGGACUCCGGUAUGACGAUGUCGUCGGUGACUAUAGCGGCGUCAUUAGAAGCAUUGUCGCCGAGCCGGGAGCUAUGGACAGACUGAUGACAGAUGAUCACAAUAACGGUAAAGCUCCUAAGAAGAAAUCGUUUAGUGACCCCAGUCGCCGUAGCGACGCGGCUUUACUUUCCCACAAUGACUGUCAGUUCAAAGGUCAGGCCAGCAGCACCGAGCCAAUCAAUGAGCUGGAUCAGACCGGCCCGAUGCCACCUUCCAGCAGCGAGCCCAUUUUGAGCAAGCAAAUAGAAAAAGCAUGGGAGGAGGAGGAGCAACAUAAACAGGAAGCUGCGACACAAUCACAUGAUUGUCACCACGGAAACAGCGAUAUCGGCAUCAAGAAGGCUCGUUCUGAAUCUGACAAUCCUGACUGUGAAGAUGAUGUCAUAGAUCAAAGUACACAAAGGAAAACAGAGGAAACUAGGAGGUUUAACUUUGACCUCAAGCUCGCAGAAGCGUUGUCUCCUCGAAUCGUUCGCCGUUCCCCGAGAAAACGUCCCAACAGGCUGGCUCAGUUUUUUUCCCACGAAGACCCCUUAGAGCCCCCGGAACUGGAGGAGCAAGAGGGUCACAAUAAUGCAUUUGAACUCACCCCUCCUCUUCUUGCCUCCAAGCCCAAAACCAGACCUAAGCAUGUACGCCAUGCCAGUGAACCAGCAACCUUUAUACCCAUCUCGCCGCCACCACGACCGCAGCCUCUCUCAGGCCAAGCCCCUUCGCCAGCUUUGAGGAAGACCCCUGUAGACGAGACCCCAUCUCUGGAGGAUGCGACCCAGAAAUAUAUUCUGGAUGUCACAGACUGUCCAGGGCCUCAUCCUCAUCAGACGAGGGAUGGGGCUGAAGAUUCUGUAUCUUCACCCAGCACUAUCUGCAGCAGCCCAGUUACAGGAGCUGUAUCACAAACUGGUUUGGACCAUGGACCAUCUCUACCAGCGCCACAGAAGACCAAGCCAAGAGUGAUGGUGCGAACCUUAACCCAGUUCAGCAUCGCUCUGGAGGAAAUGAACGGAGAGAAUCCAGGGGAUGAGGGAGGUGGAGGAGAGAGGGAUGCUGGUGGAGGAGGAGAGGAACCGACGGACAGAGAUGCUUUGGAUCAUUACAGAAACAAUAACAGCAAUUUGAAUGGACAUUGUGCUGGCAACCACCAGUCCAACAGAGAGGAUAUGAGGAAACAUGUCAUGAUGACACUGCUGGACACCGAGAGAUCCUACGUGGAGUCGCUGCGAACUCUCAUUCAGGGCUACAUGCGUCCCCUCAAACAGCCAGACGGCGGUUCCAUUGUGGACCCCCUGCUGGUGGACGAGAUGUUCUACCAGAUCCCGGAGAUACUUGAACACCACGAGGACUUCCUGGGGCAGGUGGAUGGCUGCGUGAACCAGUGGCACGACCGUCAGACCGUAGGACACAUUCUCAUCCAAUCGUUCUCUAAAGAGACUCUUGCUAAUAUGUACUCCGCCUACAUUGACAACUUCCUCAAUGCCAAAGAUGCUGUUAGGGUGGCGAAGGAGGCCAAGCCGGCCUUUCACAAGUUCUUGGAGCAAAACAUGCGUGAGAACAAAGAGAAGCAGGCUCUUGGUGACCUGAUGAUCAAGCCUGUCCAGAGGAUUCCUCGAUAUGAGCUUCUGGUCAAGGAUCUGCUGAAGCACACCCCAGAAGACCACCCGGACCACUCCUUCUUACUUGACGCCCAAAGAGACAUCAAGCGACUGGCGGAGAAGAUCAAUAAAGGACGUCGCUCGGCUGAGGAGGCGGAGAGGGAGGCCAGGGUCAUCCAGGAGAUUGAGGCACACAUAGAGGGAGUUGAACAUAUUUUGAACCCACAAAGGAAGUUCCUCAGACAGGAAAUGGUUAUGGAGGCGAAGACGGUAGGCGGGAAGAAGGACCGUUCUCUCUUCCUCUUCAGUGAUCUGAUCAUUUGCACUACUCUCAAGAGGAAGUCGGGAUCACUGAGACGCAGCUCCAUGAGCCUAUACUCCGCUGCUAGUGUAAUUGAUACUUCAAGCAAGUACAAGUUUUUGUGGAAGCUUCCUCUGGAGGACGUGGAGGUGGUGAAGAGUUCCACUCAGACAACAAACAAAGAAAACAUCCAGAAAACAAUUGGUCGACUAGAUGAAGAUUUAAGCACAUUGGGUCAAAUCAGCAAACUGUCGGAGACCCUCAACUGCCCACACCAGCCGCUAGAUGAAGUGAUCAAGGAACUGAUGGCGUCCCUGCACAGGGAGUUGUCAGAGAAGCAGUCUCUGGCCUUCAGUAUGACUUUCCUGCCCACCAAACUGGAGUUCACCACCGUUUCGGCUGAGAGCAGUUUCGUCUUCGAGUUCACAUCGCCCGAUGCUCGCUCCAACUUUGAACAGGCGUUCGAGGAAGCAAAAAAGAAAUUGGCGAUGAAUAAGGACCAGUGGGACCCGGAGUUCCUGAAGGCUAUUCCGAUCAUGAAGACACGCAGCGGAAUGCAGUUUUCAUGUGCAUCUCCGAGUCACACUUGCCCUGAAAGUGGUUGUGAAGUGUGGGUGUGUAACAGCGACGGUUAUGUUGGACAGGUUUGUCUGUUAAAUAUCAAAGAUGAGCCCACAGUGGAGGCCUGUAUCGCCGUCUGUUCAGCAAGGAUCAUCUGUAUCGCUGCUGUACCUGGACUGAAGGGGAGGGAUCGUGGACCAGAGGCUACCGCAGCCCCCAUAGCACCCAACCACACCCAGCAGCAGUUACAUAUUUCCAUCUCUCAUUCCUCGUUAGAGAUGAGCGAGCAUCCCACAGGACCAGGGGCGGAGCUUGUUCCGUUUGAUAGUGACGACACCGACGAUGAGGAUUCACCUAGCCCUUCAUCAACUCUGCAGAGUCAAGCCAGUCACUCUACUAUAUCCUCCAGCUACGGCAAUGAAGAUGCUCCGUGCUCCAAGGACUUAGCAACAGAGACCACCAGCAGUGAGGAAGAGCAGGAGUUCUCAGCAACAAGCUCAUACUCUGCUCCGGGGAUGUUGACAGUCAGCGGAGGAAACAGAGCCAACACGGAAAGCCCCAUGGACGGCCGCGCCAUGCGCCGCUCCUCUCGGGGUUCCUUCACCAGAGCCAGUCUGGAAGACCUGCUCAGUAUUGAUCCAGAGGCUUACCAGAGCUCCGUGUGGCUCGGGACAGAAGAUGGGUGUAUUCACGUCUACCAGUCCUCAGACAACAUUCGCAAUCGCAAAAACAGCAUGAAGAUGCAGCAUGGAGCUUCCAUUUUGUGUAUUCUGUAUUUGGACAACAAAGUGUUUGUGUCGUUGGCCAACGGCGAGGUGAUUGUCUAUCAGAGAGAAGCAGGCAGUUUCUGGGACCCUCAGUCCUCUCAAACAUUAGUUUUGGGGACUCCCAGCAGCCCCAUCACUAAAAUGGUUCCUGUGGGAGGAAAACUGUGGUGUGGCUCCCAGAACAAAAUUCUAAUCAUUAACUCAACAAAACUGGUGCAGGAGCACUGUUUCCAGGUGGGGACUGACAGCAGCCGAUGUGUGACGUGCAUGGUGGCGUACGGACAGGGUGUGUGGUUGGCUCUGCAGGGGAGUGCGCAUGUUAAACUGUACCACGCUCAAACAUGGGAGAGCCUGACGGAGGUCGAUGUGGCGCCUGCUGUUCACAAGAUGCUUGCAGGUGCAGAUGCAAUCAUCAGGCAGCACAAAGCAGCUUGCCUCAGAAUCACAGCACUGCUGGCCUGUAAGGAUCUACUGUGGAUCGGCACUAGUGCAGGGGUGGUCCUCACACUCGCCACCCCAACAGUGAGUUCUGGAACUGGAGCAUGUGCGAUGAAAAGCCCCCCGGUUCCAAUGGGUUCUGCACACGGACAUACAGGCCAUGUUCGAUUCCUGACGUCAAUCGAGCUACCGGAAGGUUUGGGAAUGAACUUUCCUUCUCCGGUAUUGGACACCACAGGCAAACAGUCCCAGUGUGGCAGCACGGUUGAUGGGAGCCUUCAAAGGCGUGAUUCAGCUCGUCGCCGCACCUCCGCCCACCUGCUUCCUAAAACCGAUCACCUUGUCAUAUCGGGCGGUGAUGGUUACGAGGACUUCAGACUGAACAAUAGCGGUGAAACCGUCGGACGAGAUGACAGCACCAAUCAUCUUUUGCUGUGGAGGGUCUGAGACCAUCGAGCCCCCUGCCGGACCUUUCUUCUUUGCUGCAUUGUUUUGCUCGGCUUCACCGGUUUCUAGGUGUAUUUAUUCAUCAAGAUGUAGAAAUUAUUAUAUCAAUUAUUAUAUUCAUUUCAAAUCCAUCCAUUUUUUGGCCCCUGAUGCCAGAUAUGUGAUCCGAUAAGUCAUCAUAUCAUCAGCCAGAGCUUCUGAAGACACCUAAAAUGCAACAUGGAAUGAGCAUGAAGGGAAGGACCGGAGCACAUUAAACAAGUGCAAUAUGUAGAGAUGAUGUGUCAAUCAUUUUAUGUCCGCCUCUUGCUUCGCAAAUUAGUCGACAAUUAUGAGUGGAUAUACAUGAAUGUGUUUUUUUUCCACAAAUACUGUAAUCAUCACAUAUCUAGCUUUUCUAUUUAAUGGUUAACGACGAUGCACAAACACUCAUGAAGCAAUGUGUCAUUACAGUAAAAAAAAAAAAAAAAAAGUGCAUUACCAUGACGAUGCCAAAGCCCUUCUUUCUAUAUGUAUAGCUUAGAACGCUUUAAGGAUCUGAAAGGAUUUCUUUUGCCAGUAUCAUCAGAUCACCAGCUCAGUGGUUGCUGACUUCUUUCUAGUUAGGUAGCAGAUAAAGAUAGUUAUGUACAGUAUUUAUGUAUUUUUGAGUUCAGCACUUAAUUUAUAGAAGAUGUAGCAUUCAUUUAUUGUUUUUUUUUUCAGUUGAGGUCAUUGGAGGUCAGUCAUCGCCAGAGUUCAAGCACACACACACCACAGGGAAGAACUUCAAGAAAAAGAAGAUUGUAUUUGGUUUUAACACAAUUUGAACAUAGUCGUUAUAUUAGGGGUGCAGGCUUGGAAAUUUUUUUUAUUUGCUUGUGACAAAAGUGUUAAAUGCAGUUGACAUCGGAUGUCUGAAAACCACUGUGAGAGGAGAUUUCAUAAUUUUGCUGUUAUUUCAGUAUUGUGGCAAAUGUGUGCUAGAUACUGAGUAGGUCAGAAGGACAAGGCUUAAGCACCUGCACGUGCCUUCAGAAGGCUACAGGUUAAGCCAUUUUACACACACACACACACACGUCAGUGGAAGGACGGGCGUGCACACACACCGUCACCUCAGGAUUUGAGAUUUAGCGAUUGUUUUCGAUCCCUUCAAGCCUAGAAAACGCACCCCAUGAGGCAUCUGUGCUCCUCACCUCAGCUUUUAAGUGCAACCACACCAGGUGAACUCUCUCGCUGGGAAGGGGAUCUAAUAGUAAAGUGGAUUAACCGUAGUGAUAUCUGCUUGCUAGUUAAUGAGAUCUUUGCCUAGCCUGUUGCACCAGUCAUCCUGCAUGUUUCAUGUCAUGUCUUUGAUGUAUUAAAAAGAGGUUUGCAUGCAAGGACUACAUGCACCAUCUAAAGAGAACUGCAUUAAAAAUCAUCUUUACAAAGACAGUAAUGCACCGAAAGGAAAUUAUUUGACAAUGUUUAUUAUUAUUCUAGUUGUGGUGUCGAACUGCACUGCCUACCACUCAAGAUUUGUGUUACCUUGGUUACCACCACAAUAAUAAACAUUGUUUAAAGCAUAAGUGUCUUUGAAAAGACGGCAUGCCAUGAAACAUAAAUUAUCAACAAUAUGCAUUCUAUGUGCCAAAUCCAAUGUAAAUGCUGUAUACUCAUGCAAGCUGAAGGUCCAUAGCACCCCCCCCCCCCCAAUAUGAUGUGUGUGGUCUGCAAAUGUGGCAUUCAUGCAACAUCUUGUGUGCAGUGCUUUACACUAAGUUGAAAUAGAUAUCUAUAUUGGUACUUUAUUCAGGAAUUGAAUGGGAUUUUCUAAAUUUUUGGGCUGAAAUUAUAUCUUCCCCAGGAAAUUAAGUGUCUCUCAACGUUUGAUUUUACUCUCAACCUGAGCUCCACAAUUAUUAAUUUUCCAAUUGCUUAUUACAGAGAAACCUCUUCAUGCUUGAUAUGGGCAUCAUCAGUCUUUAUUGUUGUAAAUAUUGGUACAAAAGGCCUAUUUCUGUAAAUAAUGCACACGUCCUGAAUUGUCUAUAUGAAUCUAAUGGCAUAUUUUUAUAUAUUUCUGUAAGUUUUUUUGUUUGUUUUUUGUCCGGUAUGCCCUGUCAGUUCCACAUUUAAAUUAUACGCAUGUCAUGUUUCCAUAAAAAAGACUAAGGUGGCCUCUCUUGUGACCAAACAUCUGUGCUAUUUGUGUCGUCGCUGGCAACAGUUUUGACUGUAAUUGUGACUGCAGUGUGAUAGAUGCAAGCAGGGAAACAAUGCGGGUGCAGGACGACCAACUAACAGUUGGACUUGUCAGUCACUUCCUGUAUUUACCUGUUCUUGUUAUGUCAUUGUUGGUUCAUACUUGUAAUUAAAUAAGUUCACUGGUGCCACUUGUCACUCUUUU